GUGCAUUUUCCGAAUAUUUCGAUAUGCUUACGUAUUAGCUGACGCAAGUGAUUCCAUAAUAAUUUUCAAGUUAUUUUUAGAUAUUGUACUAAAUAGGCAUUUGCAAGUACAGGAAAAAUAUUAUAGCUUUGUCUACUACUUAUUUUAGAAGAACUGAUACGUAUAGUUGUGAGAACUAAGAACUAUUGUGCUCCAUGUCUGUGUCGUAUUGAAUGGAAUAAAUGUUUAAUGACUCGUUAAUUAACAAUUUACGAUUCAAUUGAAUUCGGUGGUAGUCACCUUCGAACUAAUUUCCAUUUUGACAUUUUGACACUCUACAAUUAAGUUUGAAACUACAAACUUCAUGCCAAUUUAAUUACACCUUCCUAAUGCACGGUGAGGAACAAGUAAUCAGACUUUGCGAACCUUGCCAAACUGUGAAUUUGUAAGGUCGGUUUUUGUGCAACUUUGCAUGGACAAAUUACAGGAAAUUCAAGUGUGUGCUCAUCACGAUUUCUUAGUGACAUGAAUUGAAACGAAAAAACUACCAAAAAAAUCACAGAGUUUUACUUCCACUUAACUUCUUGGUAAUUAUCAACUCUCUGACCACAAGGAACAUUCAAAUUAUCGUAUGGAGUGUUAAUGACUCAAGCACAUUAACUCUCAGAGCCAGUGUUUAAGUUAAUUAAAAUAUAUGUAUAUCCAAUUGUGAAACGGAUGGAGUUUUAGCAGCAUAAAUGAAAAUGAGGGUCCUCAACCGAUCUGGUGCCGACGUUGCUGAGCAUGUAUGAUACCCUUUUGGCCGAACGUCUUUCCGUGGAUGGUGGUCAGUUUGUCAAAAACUUGAGUGGAACCUGUACUUCGAACGGCAGCAGCAGUAGCAGUACUCGAAGCAGUGCCACAGCCGCCUCCACAACCACGGACGGGAUAGGUGGAGGAUGGGGGUCAGAGAAAUUGGAGACAAAAAACGGGAUGCAAAGUGCCACAUCUGGGUCCAGGCUGAAGGGACCAAGCAGCUCAACAAUAAACGGUGGUGGUGGCUACACUGCUGGAACUGGAAAACGGUGUGAUUGGAACUCUGCAGUGUCAGUGUCAACUUUGUUCCACGCUGGAAUGGAACUCGGUGGUGGCAGUGUCUCCAAUAAUAAAAGCAAUAACAAUGGUGGUUGCCCUACUAGUGGUGCAACAGUAGAUAUCAGUGACAACAAUAAGACGAUAACGACAGCCGUGUUAACUCGAGCCCACUGGACAACCACGAAUCUCAUCAACCAGCAAAAGUAUCUCAACACCAAUAAAAAUGGGGCAAUUAAUAAAAAUUUGCUUCACCCUGCUGGUGACUUAAAUAGUGGGAGUAGUAGUAACAUGCCUCAUGGGGCAGAGAAUCAGAAGAGACCACUCUCGGUCAACUCCAUCGCGUCCUCGGCGUCCUCCUCUUCCUGUUCUUCAGAGUCGUCUUCUCUGAAUGUUCCAGGAGGGACGACACCUCAGCUACUCGCCCCAAAGGCAUCCCCCGAAGAAGAAAUCACUCUCGACCUCACGACGGAUGAGCAAAGUGCAAGAAAUCACCGAUCAGCCAAAACAAAGAAUCUCAUAACAACAAACGCUAAUGGAAAAGCAAACAACGACUCAACCAGUUCAAUGGAUUCAAGUCACAGAUGCUUUAGCAACUCUGCCACCAAAGAUUGCGGAGAGAAUGCGACCAAUAAUUUGGACGGUCGAGGACGAAUUUCAUUUCCCAUCCAGACGCAGACCAACUUCAAGUUUUGUGACCCCAACCUGAGCUACAUGGAUCGAGUGGUGAUGGAAAUCGUGGAAACGGAACGGACUUUUGUGCGCGAUCUCCAGGAAAUCAUUUCGGGUUACCUAAAUUACUGGACAAUUCAGCAAGAAGAGGCCUUGGCCUUGGACGAUAUCAAAGAACUCUUCAGCAACAUUGAGGAAAUUUACGAUUUUAACAGUGAAUUUUUAGAACGAUUAGAAGUCUGUGGUCUCAACCCGGUGGAAGUUGCAAAGUGCUUUGUGACCAAGAAUGAAGGUUUCUCAAUCUACACUCAAUACUGCACUAAUUAUCCUCGGACAAUGUCACUCCUAACGGAGAUGAUGCGGCAUUCAAGCAAGUUAUUCCGAGAGCGUCAGUCCGUGAUGGGUCAUUCAUUGCCAUUGGGGUCCUACCUCCUAAAACCUGUUCAACGGAUUUUAAAAUACCAUCUCCUACUUCAGAAUAUCGUGAAGCACUACGAGCCUGGGACGGAGGGACAUGAAACGAUUGUGGAAGCCCUCUCCGCCAUGACGAACAUUGCACACCACAUCAACGAUAUGAAGAGAAAACAUGAGCACGCCGUAAGGGUCCAGGAAAUCCAAUCGCUCUUGUACGGAUGGCAGGGCGAGGAUUUGACUACUUAUGGAGAACUAUGUGCAGAAGGAACAUUUCGUGCUUUCGGCUGCAAAGCUCUCCGACAUGUCUUCCUUUUCGACAAAAUGGUUCUAAUCACAAAGAAAAAAGAGGAUGGGGUCUUAUACCACAAAACCCAUAUCAUGUGUUCGAAUCUGAUGUUGAUCGAAAGUGUCCCCGGGGAACCUUUAAGUUUUCACGUUAUUCCCUUCGACAACCCGCGACUCCAGACUACCCUCCAGGCAAGGAACCUGGAACAGAAAAGAGAGUGGACAUUGCUGUUGAAACGAGUCAUCCUAGAAAAUUAUCACGCUGUGAUUCCCUCACACGCCAGGCAACUUGUAAUGGAACUAGGACAGCAGAGGCCCGAAGCGGAUGGAAACGUGGAGAAAGCGCCGACGAAACGGCAGCAUUCAGCACCUGAGUACUUGGAGCGAAGAAAGCAGGGGAAAUCUGAAUCGAGUCUUAAAGCCAGGCUGAGGAAGGCUCGAAAAAGUGAUAUGAUGAGCCCCAAAGAGAGUUUGGGUCGUCGGAGGAAGAAUUCGACGGACAGUUCGAGGGAGCGGAGUGAAAGUCGAGACAGGGAGAUUUCCAUCGAUCGGAAAAUGAGCUCAGCUAGCUGCCCACCAUCCUCCGCUGGGUCCGCCGAAAAGAAAUUGGUGAAGAAGCUAAGUGGUUGGAGGAGGAAAUCAGAGCCGGGUAUCUACCACACUCACGAGUCGGGAAAAUCGGGAGGAAAAGGGAACAGCGAAUUGAUGUCCCCAAGUCACCACGGAACGUCAAAUUUGACCCUUGAUUCCACCGAGAGCAGCAUUGGGGAGGAAGACGGAGAGUAUUUUGAGGAGGAAGACGAGGAAGAACCGUCCCAACUGGAGGGUGGAGAAGAAGAGUGUCUCCCAAGUGUGGAAGAGCGACGGGAAUCCAUCGAAGAAAUUGUAGGGCAGCUGGUCAUGCAAAACCGAGAAUUCCAGCGAAUUUUGAUGUCCAAAGAGGUUCAACGAAAGAGGAUAACUCACUUGAGGAAAGCAUUGACACAAUACCAACGAAGGCAGCUCCACGAGGAGGACGAAGGAGAGGAGAGUGAAGCCGAGACAGAGACGGAAGAUCACCAAACAUCCUCCCCCAACAAAAAUACUAAUCCAAAAGAUGGGAAAAAGAGGGGCAACAACAACUCUUCUGGAAGUAAUGCCAGCCAAGGUUCAUCAUCGAAUGGAAUCGGCUCUUCUUCAGACGUGGCUGAAAUGAGCUCCGAAAAUAUCUGCAUUGAACCGAAUGACGACGUGGUCAUGUCCACAGCAGCUACCUUGAAAAAUGUGCAGCGAACUGUGUCAGAUCCAGGAAACAAAGCCACACUCACCCCCAGACGCCAUGGCCCAUUCUCACAUUACGACCCUCUCUCUCUCUUGUGGAGCAGUUUCAGACGAAGUGGUGACAAUAAUCGAGCCGGUAAACAACAGGGAGAUUCUCCAGUGCUAUUGAAAUCCUCGUCCAAAGGGAAGACCAGCAUCCGCCAUACUCACUCCUUCAGUUGUUCGAGAAAAGAACCUCAUCAUCAAGGUGCGGAUGAGACGAUGAAGGACCCGUUGCCACUGCCACAUGGAGAUUCGGGCGUUUUCCCCAACUCAUUCACCUCCGACUCCUCAUCUUCUUCCGAAGCUAAUAUACCCACACUCCCCGCUGUAUGGCUCAAACAGCAUUUAGAAAAUUUAGCCACACCCAACAACAAAUCUGGUUCGUUGCCUCGCAGUUUCCAAGUUGGUCAGCAGCACACCCUUCCCUCUCCUCAGCCCACGAGAGAUUCUCCCAAUCCACAAACUCCCGAUGAGAUGACAAAUUUCCUCUUCAAAUCCCGACUACGUGACGGAAAGCUGGCGGACCGACCGAUAACGAUUGCAUCUGACAAACCCUGCUCGUCUGACAUUAAUUACGACGAAAUGGAACAGUACAUGAAUAAAUUCAACAACCAGAUUGGGAGAAGGUCGCCAAACUCUUGCUCUCUAAAUGCUGAAGAUUUAGUAGCAGACCUGACGCCCAUGACAUCCAUGGAGAACAUCAACAACCUUCACCCUGAUCACAAGAUUUAUCGCUCUUCCAAAUCCUCCAUCAGGCACAUGCUUUACAGCGUUACCCAUCGCCUGUCAAGUCUCAAAGUUAAUAUGCUGACUGGUGGUGGUGGUGGGUCUGGCGUGGGGGGUUCAGCAAAGGAGAACAUCAAUUUUGGAUCUUUCUCCAAUAUUUCCGCCACCUCAGACACGAGCUCUACAAAGACAUCCACAACUCCAGAAAAUAAUAAUGGGAGAAAGAUGAGCAAUGGAAAUGGUCUGAAAAAUCUCAACAUGCUGCCUCGUAAUUAUAGGAAAGCCUUGAAGCAAAAGCUACGCAAUAUUGUGAAAGAAGAUCGAGAUUCCGAUAGCGAGAACUGCUGCGAAAGUGUCACUUGCAGCUCUGGCUCGAGUGGUUUCGGAAGCAUAGGGAGCUCUGAAAGUAGCAACAAUCUCACAUCAAAAAUAGGAGCACGCCUAGCACACCAAUCAAGUACGGAACAGUCUGAUUACGCCUUAUCGAAACUACUACUGAAUGACGGACCUCUUCGCCCCCAAUCAGUCAUGUCCAUCUCAUCCACCGUCACCUCUGCCAGCUCAACGGACGAGAAAGCAUCCUCUGGAUUGGGAGAAAGUCUUUCCGGGAGUAAUGGACACAUUCCCGAAAGCUGUUGUGGGACACUCGAUGGACUUGAGAUGCAUGAUGGAGUUGCUAAAAGUCUGUACCGACCGAAUCGAAAAGCAAUAAAUCACAAAGAACUUUACCUCAGCUAUAUCGAUCAAGAAGUUGAUGCACAGUCGGACUCGGACUCAGCCGACAGUUUUUACGAACGGUCAUUUGAAGCCAUUGAGACCUUGUUGGAGAGCGAAUUGUUUCCGGAUAGUGCAAUUUACAGUGCGGAAGAGAAUGCGUCCACAAAUUCAUCCAUCCAAGGAAGUCAGUACAGCUCCAGUUGGGGAUUGUCAAGCAGCUUUCAGGACAGUCUGGACUCUGCUUCAAAGUCACCCUCUCUCCGACACCCCUGUUUCUCCAACAACGCUCACCUAAAUUCCAUCUCCAUGCUGGCCGCACGCCUAAGUAACUCCAGACUACCUCCCUCUCCGGUGCCAAAUGAUAAUCACAACAGCCGACGCAGUAGUCGACUCAUCAGGAGCCAAGCGAUCCUCGACAAGCUCAAGCAUUUGGAACAAUGUUCGCAAUUUCACCGUGAAGGUCUCCCCAGUCCAUCCUUCGAAGGAAUUAAAUCAAUCCAAGAGAGGCGGAACGAGCUGGAAUUGUGGAAACAAGGUCGCAUCAGUCGUGGAGAGGACGAAUGUGAGACCUCCUCUCAGCACUCGACAUCCACCAUCAAUACCGUAAUUGAGCUGUCCCCCUCCAAGUCCACCAGCUUCCCGUCCAGCCGACGUUGCAGUGAUACGGACUCCAGCGGUGGAAAUUCCCCCCUCACUGAACGAGCAAUUUCAAGAAAUAGCAUGUUGACCAGUCGCUGCGGGAGUGGAAAUAUCCAGACGAGCGGAAGUGGUGAUCCGAUGCCGAAAGGGUGGGUGCGACUGCUCGUAGGAAAACUUCAAAGCGCUGAAACCGAAGGGGUCGAAUAAAUUUGUAACCAAGGACCGCGUGACGUCGCAAACUCGAAUUACCAACGAGUGCCUAAAACCAUAUAGUUUUUAUGCGCGUGCAUAUUAUUUAUUAUUUAUUUAGGUGUGACCAAUCUGACGCAAUUAUCUAUUCACAAGUAUUAUUAUCAUUCUCUUGAUACCGAUAAGAGUUGAUGUAUUUAUAUUGAUGAGUAGAAAUCCAGCUUUACCAUUUUCAUACUAUAAUCCUAUCUUACAAUAAUGUGCAAAAAUACCCAACUUUGGCCAAUCCUUUCAAGGGAUCAGGCAACUUUAAAGUAUUUCUCUCUACCUAAAUUAUUCUACUGCCAAACCUACAUACAUACAUGUAUAUUUAGCUAUGUAUAACCUCCCAACCCACCUUUUGCACUACCAAGAAUAUGUUAUUCACAAGCCUUGUGAAUAAGUACAUGCAAGAUUUUUUUACCUUUUUGACUGUAUUAUUCAUAUUUACUAAAACUAACCCGACCACUUUUCAUGGAAGACUGUCUCUUAUUAUUAUGUAAAAGAAAGACUAAUCACUCUUGUGCUAUGUAUAUUCUCCAAAGAUCCGUCGUCGCUAUAAUUUCCUACUACUUUUAUAACCAAUAAUUAUUUAUCGUAUCGCGUAUCACCAAUAAACAAGGACUUUGCUUCUGCACUUCUGCAUUGUAGGUGUGCUAGCUUACAUUGAGAGAGAUGCAUAAUUGUCUUGAUAAAUUGUUACGUCGCUUCCUUAUGUACAACUAAAAACAAGGAUAAAAAUAAUAAAACGAGGAGCGAGCGAUACUGCAGUGGGGGCGACCGUCGCCUAAUUUUCUCUCUUCUUGCUGUUAACAUGUAUUAUUAUUGUUGGUGCCUUAUCCUCUAGUCAUCAAGGGUUUUGAAUAAUUCUGAUGAGUCUCAGCUGCCAUACAAUUAAUUAAAGAAUUAACAAUUUCUUAACUAACAUUAUUGUGUAUUUUUUACUGCUUACAUAUGUUUAGCAAAUGACAGUGCAAAUUCGACACCUUUUUUUUAUCCCAACAAGAAUUAUAAUUCGAUCAAAAACAAUCGCAAGAUUUUUAAAUUAAAGUUUAAUGUUAAUAUUAAAUACAUUUUAUAUUUAGAUGACGACCGGAAGUCAUCCAGAGUUUAUAUUUAUUGAUAUCCAAGUAAAUAAUAAUGAUAAUAAUGGCUUUAUGCAAUAAUGCUUGAUUAUACAUCAGUAUAAAUUACUAGAUUUACCGUCAUGCAAUUUGCGUGUGUUAUUAUUGCGUCGUUUUAUAGACUAACAAGAAAGAAAUAAAUAAAUCGAUAUCAAAAUA